CCUCCUCUCUCUCACACACAAUGCAGCUCAGCAGCACACACAGCCUGGGCUCUUACUCUCCUCAUUCAUCACCGAAGGAGUAAUGGAGUGGACCACCAUGUAGACAGUCUGCAGCCAGAGACAGAAGAGAAGCUAGAAGCUGCAGAAUGGGAACAUAACAUCUGGAGCGGCUCCUUGAUUGCUGCCAUGAAAAGAAGCGCACUAAGAACAGAAGGGAUGUUAUUGUCUUGUGGACGGUCCUCUGCUCCUCUCGCUGGUCUAACUUGCUUCUCUUAGUGUUCUCCUGGAUGGUCGUGUGGUUACACUGUAUUUUCUCCACGUCGCUCACUUAUUAAGGGAACUGUCUGUAUCUCAAACCGAGGAGAUGUUUCGCCCUCUGUCCGUCAGCGGCUGCUGCAGCAUCACGGCUCUUUCUCUCUCUCUCUGACCUAGAGAUCUAUCGUCUGGUUUCUCUGGUAUCACCGGGCACGUUCCAGUGUCAUUCAUUCCUCUCUCUCCCUCUCUCUCGCUUUCUCUUUCCCUUUCUUCAUUUUAAGAAUCUCUCUUUCUCUCAACCUACACGACUCAUUGAGUUUUGUCAAGAUACUGAGCAGCUAGUCAAGUCACCAUGGGGGACCUGACGAACAGUGAUUAUUACGCUAAGAACCAAGGAAACGAUGUCAGCAGUAACCACGAGGGGGGCUUUGGGGUCUCGGUCAUGGAGCUGCGCGACCUCAUGGAGCUGAGAGGCAGCGAUGCAGUGGUUAAGAUCCAGGAGGAGUACGGGGACAUGGACGGGCUCUGUCAACGGCUCAGAACAUCACCCACAGAAGGCUUAACAGGAGAUGACCUAGAUAAGAGGAAAGAAGUGUAUGGGGAAAACCUUAUACCGCCGAAGAAGCCAAAGACCUUCCUCCAGUUAGUAUGGGAGGCCCUGCAGGACGUGACUCUGAUCAUCUUGGAGGUGGCUGCCCUGAUCUCUCUGGGACUGUCCUUCUAUCAGCCUCCGGGAGGGGACAGCGGAGAGUCCUGUGGGACGGCGGCGGCGGGUGCGGAGGAUGAGGGUGAGGCCGAGGCCGGCUGGAUAGAGGGAGCAGCCAUCUUGCUGUCUGUAGUGUGUGUGGUUCUGGUGACGGCCUUCAACGACUGGAGCAAGGAGAAGCAGUUCAGAGGGCUGCAGAGCCGCAUCGAGCAGGAGCAGAAGUUCCAGGUGGUCCGAGGUGCUCAGGUCAUCCAGCUCCCGGUCGCUGACAUCGUGGUCGGGGACAUCGCACAGAUCAAGUAUGGUGACCUGCUUCCAGCCGAUGGAGUAUUGAUACAGGGGAACGACCUGAAGAUAGAUGAGAGUUCACUAACAGGAGAGUCUGAUCACGUCAAGAAAGACGCCGAUAAGGACCCCAUGCUGCUGUCUGGUACCCAUGUGAUGGAGGGUUCCGGCAGGAUGCUGGUAACAGCUGUAGGGGUCAACUCUCAGACCGGCAUCAUCUUCACUCUGCUGGGGGCCGGAGAGCCAGUGGAGGAGGAGAAGAAGAAAGAGAAAGGUGAUGCAGGGGAGGACGGCCAACAAAGCACAGACUUCCCCCAUCCCUCUGCCCACCCCAUCGCAACUAUAGCCACUGAUGGUACUGCAGGCGGUAUUGCACCUGGCAAUGCCAGCCUAGGUAAUGGUAGAAUACAGGAUGGCAAUAUGGAGAACAACCAGACUAAAGUGAAGAAGCAGGACGGAGCGGCCGCCAUGGAGAUGCAGCCUCUGAAGAGCGCCGAGGGAGGAGAGAUGGAGGAGAAGAAGAAGGCAAACGUCUCCAAGAAGGAGAAGUCUGUCCUCCAGGGGAAACUGACCAAGCUGGCUGUUCAGAUCGGCAAAGCAGGUCUGGUGAUGUCAGCCAUUACAGUGAUCAUCCUGGUGCUGUACUUUGCUGUGGACAACUUUGUCCUGCAGAAGAGGCCGUGGCUGACGGAGUGUACCCCCAUCUAUGUCCAGUACUUUGUCAAGUUCUUCAUCAUCGGUGUCACCGUACUGGUGGUGGCUGUACCCGAGGGGCUGCCCCUGGCCGUCACCAUCUCCCUGGCCUACUCUGUCAAGAAAAUGAUGAAAGAUAAUAACCUAGUUCGCCACCUGGAUGCGUGUGAGACGAUGGGGAACGCCACGGCCAUCUGCUCCGACAAGACCGGCACUCUGACCACCAACCGCAUGACUGCAGUGGCGUGCUACGUUGGAGACGUCCACUAUAAGGAGAUACCAGCCCCCGGAGCGCUGACUGCCAAGUCUCUGGACAUACUGGUCAAUGCCAUCUCCCUCAACAGCGCCUACACCACCAAGAUACUGCCUGCCACCAAGGAGGGUGGUCUGCCCAUGCAGGUGGGUAACAAGACAGAGUGUGGCCUGCUUGGCCUGGUGCUGGACCUGAAGAGAGACUACCAACCCAUCCGCAACCAGAUCCCAGAGGAGAAACUCUACAAGGUGUACACCUUCAACUCGGCCAGGAAGUCCAUGUCCACUGUCAUCAAACUCUCAGACGGCAGCUUCAGGAUGUACAGCAAGGGAGCCUCUGAGAUCGUCCUGAAGAAGUGUACUAAGAUCCUGAACCAGGAAGGCGAGCCGCGGGUGUUCCGUCCCCGGGACAAGGACGAGAUGGUGAAGAAGGUGAUCGAGCCGAUGGCGUGUGACGGGCUGCGGACCAUCUGCGUGGCGUACCGUGACUUCCCUGCCGACCCAGAACCCCUCUGGGACAACGAGAACGACAUUCUCAAUGAGCUGACGGCAGUCUGUGUGGUUGGGAUAGAGGACCCUGUCAGACCAGAGGUACCAGAUGCCAUUAUAAGGUGCCAGCGUGCGGGAAUCACGGUGCGCAUGGUGACAGGUGACAACAUCAACACGGCCAGGGCCAUCGCCAUCAAGUGUGGCAUCAUCCACCCUGGAGAAGACUUCCUCUGUAUCGAUGGAAAGGAGUUCAACAGGAGGAUCCGCAACGAGAAGGGAGAGGUUGAGCAGGAGCGCAUGGACAAGGUGUGGCCUAAACUGCGAGUCCUGGCUAGAUCCUCCCCUACUGAUAAACACACACUGGUUAAAGGCAUCAUAGACAGCUGCUUGACAGACCAGAGACAAGUGGUGGCGGUGACAGGAGACGGAACUAACGAUGGACCAGCCCUGAAGAAGGCUGAUGUGGGCUUUGCCAUGGGUAUAGCCGGUACAGACGUGGCCAAGGAGGCGUCUGACAUCAUAUUAACGGACGAUAACUUCAGUAGCAUAGUGAAGGCUGUGAUGUGGGGGAGGAACGUCUACGACAGCAUCUCCAAGUUCCUCCAGUUCCAGCUGACUGUCAACGUGGUGGCUGUCAUAGUGGCCUUCACUGGGGCCUGCAUCACACAGGAUUCUCCCCUGAAGGCGGUCCAGAUGCUGUGGGUGAACUUGAUAAUGGACACCUUUGCAUCACUGGCCCUGGCAACAGAGCCCCCCACCGAGGCCCUGCUGAUGAGGAAGCCGUACGGACGCAACAAACCGCUGAUCUCCAGCACCAUGACCAAGAACAUCCUGGGACAUGGCAUCUAUCAGCUGGUCAUCAUCUUCUCCCUUCUGUUCGUUGGUGAGCAGAUCUUUGACAUAGACAGUGGUCGUCACGCUCCUCUCCACUCCCCUCCGUCAGAACACUACACCAUCAUUUUCAACACCUUCGUCCUCAUGCAGCUAUUCAAUGAGAUCAACGCCAGGAAGAUCCACGGAGAGAACGUCUUCGACGGAAUCUUCAGGAACCCCAUUUUCUGUUCCAUCGUCUUCGGAACCUUCGCCAUCCAGAUUGUGAUCGUACAGUUUGGAGAGCCGUUCAGUUGUACUCCUCUGGAUUUGGAGAAGUGGGGCUGGUGUACCUUCCUUGGACUGGGAGAGUUAGUCUGGGGACAGGUGAUCGCCACCAUCCCUAACAGCAAGCUACGGUUCCUGCGAGGGGCAGGCCAGCUGACCAAGAAGAAUGAGAUGCCUGGGGACGAGGACAUGAACGAGGACAACGAGGAGAUCGACCACGCGGAGAGGGAGCUGCGACGCGGACAGGUCCUCUGGUUCAGGGGGCUCAACCGCAUUCAGACUCAGAUUCGGGUCGUGAACGCAUUCCGUAGCUCUCUCUACGAAGGCCUUGAGAAACCAGACUCCAGACCGUCCAUCCACAACUUCAUGACCCACCCAGAGUUUAGGAUAGAGGACUCCACCCACAUCCCCCUGAUUGAUGACACCGACUUAGAGGAGGACCCAUCGCUGAGGAACACCCACCAGCCCCAGACAGGCAGCCAGCCUCAGUCCCCCAACAAGAACAACAACGCCGUUGACAGCGGCAUCAACCUCACCAUCGACACCACCAGUAAAUCAGCUGCAUCCUCAGGCCCAGCCAGCCCACUGCACAGUCUGGAGACCUCCCUCUAGUGGCCUGCAGCUGGCUGGUGGAGACCUCCCUCUAGUGGCUGGUGGAGACCUCUGCAGCUUUGGAGAUGUCCCUCUGACAGCCCCCACUGCAAUCCUGAAACCUUUGUCUUAAGGCCUGGUAGAGAACUUACCUACUGCAGCCUGGUGGCUCCCACACUGCAGUUUGGAGACUUCCGUCUUGCAGUCUCAUGGAGACCUCAUUGGUCUGCAGUUUGGAUACCUUCCUCUAUCUCCUGAGGUCUCCUGUCUCUUGUCUCCUGGUGUCUCCUGACGUCUCCUGGUGUCUCCUGAUGUCUCCGGAUGUCUCCUGACGUCACCUGGUGUCUCCUGACGUCACCUGGUGUCUCCUGACGUCACCUGGUGUCUCCUGACGUCACCUGAUGUCUCCUGAUGUCUCCUGAUGUCUCCUGUCUCCUGAUGUCUCCUGUCUCCUGAUGUCUCCUGAUGUCUCCUGAUGUCUCCUGUCUCCUGAUGUCUCCUGUCUCCGGAUGUCUCCUGACGUCACCUGGUGUCUCCUGACGUCUCCUGAUGUCUCCUGAUGUCUCCUGAUGUCUCCUGGUGUCUCCGGAUGUCUCCUGCUGUCUCCUGAUGUCUCCUGUCUCCUGAUGUCUCCUGAUGUCUCCUGAUGUCUCCUGUCUCCUGAUGUCUCCUGUCUCCUGAUGUCUCCUGUCUCCUGACGUCUCCUGAUGUCUCCUGAUGUCUCCUGAUGUCUCCUGUCUCCUGAUGUCUCCUGUCUCCUGAUGUCUCCUGAUGUCUCCUGUCUCCUGAUGUCUCCUGAUGUCUCCUGAUGUCUCCUUAUGUCUCCUGAUGUCUCCUGUAUCCUGAUGUCUCCUGUAUCCUGAUGUCUCCUGUCUCCUGAUGUCUCCUGAUGUCUCCUGUCUCCUGAUGUCUCCUGAUGUCUCCUGUCUCCUGAUGUCUCCUGGUGUCUCCUGAUGUCUCCUGAUGUCUCCUGUCUCCUGAUGUCUCCUGAUGUCUCCUGUCUCCUGAUGUCUCCUGGUGUCUCCUGAUGUCUCCUGUCUCCUGAUGUCUCCUGAUGUCUCCUGAUGUCUCCUUAUGUCUCCUGAUGUCUCCUGUAUCCUGAUGUCUCCUGUAUCCUGAUGUCUCCUGUCUCCUGAUGUCUCCUGAUGUCUCCUGUAUCCUGAUGUCUCCUGUCUCCUGAUGUCUCCUGAUGUCUCCUGAUGUCUCCUUAUGUAUCCUGAUGUCUCCUGUCUCCUGAUGUCUCCUGAUGUCUCCUUAUGUCUCCUGAUGUCUCCUGUAUCCUGAUGUCUCCUGUCUCCUGAUGUCUCCUGAUGUCUCCUGUCUCCUGAUGUCUCCUGAUGUCUCCUGAUGUCUCCUGUCUCCUGCUGUCUCCUGAUGUCUCCUGAUGUCUCCUGAUGUCUCCUGAUGUCUCCUGAUGUCUCCUGAUGUCUCCUGUCUCCUGGUGUCUCCUGUCUCUUGUCACCUGGUGUCUCCUGAUGUCUCCUGAUGUCUCCUGAUGUCUCCUGGUGUCUCCUGAUGUCUCCUGAUGUCUCCUGAUGUCUCCUGAUGUCUCCUGGUGUCUCCUGAUGUCUCCUGAUGUCUCCUGAUGUCUCCUGAUGUCUCCUGAUGUCUCCUGAUGUCUCCUGAUGUCUCCUGUCUCUUGUCACCUGGUGUCUCCUGGUGUCUCCUGAUGUCUCCUGGUGUCUCCUGAUGUCUCCUGUCUCCUGAUGUCUCCUGAUGUCUCCUGAUGUCUCCUGAUGUCUCCUGUCUCUUGUCACCUGGUGUCUCUUGAUGUCUCCUGGUGUCUCCUGAUGUCUCCUGCUGUCUCCUGAUGUCACCUGGUGUCUCCUGAUGUCUCCUGAUGUCUCCUGUCUCUUGUCUCCUGCUGUCUCCUAUCUCUGCUGUACCUGGAGAAAGCAUACUACUACAGCUAUACAAUCAGAAAGGGCAACAAAGCCAACGCACAUGACCUGAGUGUGUGUGUGCGUGUCUGUACGGUGUGUGUGUGUGUGUGUGUGUGUGUGUGUCUGUACGGUGUGUGUGUGUGUGUGUGUGUGUGUGUGUGUGUGUGUGUGUGUGUGUGUGUGUGUGUGUGUGUGUGUGUGUGUGUGUGUGUGUGUGUGUGUGUGUGUGUGUGUGUGUGUGUACGCACUGCUGACUGACUGAACCAUGUUUCUAGCAGCAGUAAAGUAGAGAACCAGAAAGACCUGGGAGGAGUGAAAACCAGUCUAACCUAACCUUCCUCCACAAUAACAAUGACUAUAUCUAAACCUAACCUUACUCCACAAUAACAAUGACUAUAUCUAAACCUAACCUUACUCCACAAUAACAAUGACUAUAUGGAUAAUAGUUUGAAUUACAUAAAAACAUUUUUAUCACUCCUGCAUGAAUGUACUUUACCCAACGUUUUUAUUUAAAUUGUUUUAAAAACAUUUUUGUUGAAUGAUUUGAUUGGGUGGAUCGGUAGGAAGUGCUGUGGACUGCUACUUUAAAGACAACCGAUUCAUCUGUCUGUGAGUUCCCUGUGUGGCAUGUGCUUAAGUGUAAAGAUGUAUUUAUAAAUGAGAUCAAGUUUGUAGGGCUCAACUUGCACAGUAGAUUUGCACCUGUUGGAAAAGAGGAACCCAUAAAUAAAUAGUAUUUCUUAAAGAUAGUAUAUAUAAAUAUAUAUAAGGAGUUUAUCUUUGUUUGUUGGCAUGUUGCCUUGUUUCUUCUUUAAUGGUUCUAACUAUUUUAACUUAUUUAUGUCCUAAAGAGAAUGCCAUUUGUUUACAACACCUGUAGAUACUUCCUGGUUAAUUUGUAGGGUUUUCAAACCAUUCAGCAGAUGUAGUUGAGGAAAAACUCAAGUUGUUUUGAGUUCUGCUCGUUGGUGUUUAUAACAUACUGUGUACUGAACUUGCCUGCUAUCUUGUCAAAUAUUGUAGAUAAUUUUAGAGGAUAACAAAAGAAAACCAAAAUAUAAUGGUAUAUAUAUAUAUAUAUAUUCAUGUGGCAUCGUGUUAUUAUAUGAUUGUUAGGAUGAACUCUGGACGGCUUCCUUCGUUUCCACACAGAGAUCUGAAUAAGACAAAAGGUUUAUUUCUUUACUAUUUCUCUUAUUUUUGUUAUUGUUCGUUCAAAAGCUUAAAAGUUGAGACUGAGAGGGUGAAAAGGCCUUCUAUAACAGACAUGUCUUCUAUUUAAAAUCUACUUGUCUUAAGGGAAAUGUUUUCAUUUCUGUGUGACCGUGAAAGACUGCAAUGGAUUUAUAUUAGAAAUUGCAAACUAAGUUAUAUUUGGUUUAUCUGUAUGGAAAAAUCUAAAAGUUGUUUAAAAAAUCUUGUGAUAUAUUGUGUUGAUUUCUUUAAUUUUAAUUUUAUUGCUUUCUUGCUUUCCAAAAAGAAAGAAACACACAGCUAUCCAAAAAUGGUUGGCGUUUUGAGCAACAACAAAAAAAAACAAUAAAAUGGAAUUAUGCUUUGACUUUUUUUUUUAACAUGGAACAACAGAAGAAGAAGAAGAAAAAAACGACCUGGAUGAAGUUCUGGGUUGAACCUCUCUGUACUGUUACUUGUGUUUCUGAGUGUUUUAACCAAGCUUGUCUUCCUGCCUUCAACCAAGUAUACUCUAGCAUCUUAAAAAGUAUUCACUAGUUGUUAUAACUAUUUAUUGUGCUUUUAAAAAAGGAGGAAGCAGAGAACAAGAGGGACCAAAGCAGGAAGGGACACAUCAUUUUGCUCUCCAUCCAAAAGGCACUGAGAUGUCGAGAAUAGCGGCCCAGACCAAAUCUAUUGAGUUAUUGUUAUAUUUCUAUACGUCAUUGAAAAGCAUGAUGUAAUAAGCAAGUUGAACCAAUCCAAGUGUUCUCCUCUGAAUGAGUUUUUUGGUAAUUAUAUCUUGACCUGAU